AUGAUUCUCGUGGUGCUCUACGUCGAUGAUCUCAUCCUGGCCAGCAGCAACAACGAACUCCUCAAGUCGACCAAGAUGGCGCUGAGCAAACGCUUCGAAAUGACGGAUCUCGGUGAGCUCGAUUACUUUCUCGGCAUGGAGAUCAAGAACGACCGUAAGACGGGAAUGGUGACUGUGCAACAAACCAAGUUUCUCAAGUCCGUGUUGACCAAGUUCGGAAUGGAUAACAGCAAGCCAGUGAAGACGCCUCAAGAUCCCGGCCUGAAGCUAACCAAGAACAUGUGUGAACAAGAAUGCAAGCACGAAGACACCAUAUGCAACGUGCCAUAUCGAAGUGCUGUCGGAGGCAUCAUGUAUCUCAUGGUCGCCACACGUCCGGAUCUAGCUGCUGCAGUGGGAUCAUUAUCCCAGUUCUCGUCCGACCCAUGCCCGACUCACUGGCAAGCUUUGAAGAGUGUGCUGAGAUACCUGCAAGCAACGCCCAAUCAUGGUCUUGAGUUUACACGUGAAGAAGGAAGCCGUAUCUGCGGGUACACCGACGCAGACUGGGCCGGCGACAUUGAGUCAAGACGAAGUACAAGCGGCUAUGUGUUCAUGAUGAGCGGAGGAUGCAUCAGCUGGAAAAGCCAGAAACAACGGACGGUCGCGCUAUCUUCAACAGAAGCAGAAUACAUGGCGCUUUCCGAAGCAACCAAAGAAGCAGUAUGGCUCAAGGUGCUUUUGGGGGAACUUGGUGAGAUGACAAGCGACGAAGCGAUCAAGGUGUAUGAAGACAACCAAGGAUCAAUCGCUCUCGCCAAGAACCCGGAGUUCCAUAAGAGAACAAAACACAUCGACAUACGCUACCAUUUUGUGCGUGAGAAGGUGGAAUCAGGUGAAGUCGUUUUGGAGAAUUGCCCGACUCAAGAUAUGCUGGCAGACAUGAUGACCAAGCCGAUCGCCGCUGUACAAUUUGAAAACAUUCGCGAUCGACUUGGGAUCCAAGGUACCGCAGCUAACGAGUCGAGAGGGAGUGUUGAAAAGACAGCGGCUGUGAAGAAGACACCUCGUCAAGCUGCGUCAAGUGUUGAAGCAAGUGGAAGACCAAGCUUCGCUAUACCGGUGGGUACCGGUAUGUACCAGUAA